AUGCAAUCCCACGUCUCAACUUGCCGUCCUUCCUUCUUACCUACAUUCCUUCCUUUCUACCUCACUUCAUUCCUUCCAUUCAUUCAUUCAUUUUUUCCUUCCUUCUUCCCUCCCUCCCUCCCUCCCUCUACUUUCCUUCCUUCCGUCAUUCCUUCCUUCCGUCCUCCUUUCCUUCCGUCCUUUGUCCUUUCUGCCCUUACUCCCUUCUUUCCUUCCUUCCUUCUAUCCUUCCUUAAUGCCUUUCUUCCUCAUUUCGUCCCUUCCUUCCUUACGCACUUACUUCAUUCCUUCUUUCCUGCCUUACUCCCUUCUUUCCUUCUUUCCUUCCUUUCUUCCUCCCUUCAUUCCUUCCGUCUUUCCUCCCUUCCUUCCUUCCGUCAUUCUUUCCUUCCUUCCUUACCCCCAUUCCUUCCUCCUUUCCUUCCUUCCUUCUUACCCUCUUGCACCCUUCCUCCGUCCUCCCUUCCUUCCUUCCUUCCAUCCUUUCUUCAUUCCUUCCUUCCUUCCUUACUCCCUCCUUUCCUUCCUUCCUUCGUCUUUACUUUCCUUACUCCCUUCCUUCCUUCUUUCCUUCCUUCCUUCCUUUCUCCAUUCCUUCCUUCCUUCUUUCUGUCCUAA